UGAGCUGUAAUCGUGAGAAAAAUGUCAUGUCCACUAAUUCAAACGUUUCGAUUCACUGUGCGACGUCGGCAGCGACGGCGACGACGUCACCAGCGACGGCGACGACUGCGACCGCGACGACGUCGGCAAGCGACGGCGACGACGUCACCAGCGACGGCGACGACUGCGACCGCGAUGACGUUGGCAGCGACGGCGACGACGUCAACAGCGACGGCGACGGCGACGACGGCGACGUCGGCAGCAGCAGAAAACGUGUCCGCGAGACCGAAAACGGUCUCAGACGCCGGAGAUCUUCAUAAAUCGAAUACAAGUACAAGAGGAGGUAGAACGUCUUCUCUGGCAGAAGCAGAGGCGGCAGCGGAAUAAGUGGGCUAGGCAGCGGCCUUAUAAUUAUCAUGAUCGGGAUGCGGUGGCCGCUCCACCCGCGGUGGCCACUCUAUCCGCAGAGGCCACUCCGCCCGCUCCUCCCGCUCCACCCGUUCCGCCCGUUCCGCCCGCUCCACCUGCUACACCCGCUCCGCCAGUAUCAACUGUGCCACCGGGAUAUGUCCCCGCAUUAUAUAAUCCGGCGUCGUCCGUGCCAUUGGGGUACGUUGCACCGUCGACCGUCACCCCAGGGUACGUCCCGGCUUCAUCCGUGCCGCCGGGAUAUGUUCCGUCGUCGUCCGUGCCAGCGGGGUACGUUGCGACAUCGUCCGUCCCUCCAGGGUACGUUCCGGCUUCGUCCGUGGUGCCGGGGUACGUUCCGGCAUUGCCGUCGUCAGCACCACCGGGAUACAUAACAUAUCCGUGAUAAUAAUUUGCAAGAUAUAUACUUGUAUAACUUUAUUAAC